UCCAGGUGAAAGCAAUGUCGUCGUCUUUAACAGGUAAGCUGGAGGGUUCUGUGGAAAUCCAGGCUUCUGCGGAGGAGUUUCAUGAUAUGCUCAGCAAUAGACCACACCAUGUAUCCAACGCCAGCGCCGACAAGGUACAAGGAUGCGAUUUACAUGAAGGUGACUGGGGAAAACAGGGUUCCAUUGUCUGCUGGAGUUAUUUUCAUGAAGGGAAAGCUAAAAUUGCGAAGAAUUUAAUCGAAGCGGUAGAUCCAAAGAACAUGUCAAUCACUCAUAGAGUGCUUGAAGGAGACCUGCUGGAGGAGUUCAAGAGCUUUGUAGCCGUAAUUCAAGCUACUCCGUCUACUAAGGGCAAGGGCUGUGUAGUGCGCUGGGUUUUCGAGUACGAAAAACUGAACAAGGAUGUUGCAGCUCCACAGAGCAUGCUGGAGUUUCUGCUCGAAGUGAGCAAAGAUAUGGGUACUCACCUCACCCAACCAUGAUGGAUUUCUGCCUGUUUUAUGUAGCUAAAAAAAGCGAAUAAAGGCUCAGCUUCGAUCGGUAGAUCUGAUUGAUGCUUGGCAGCUGUGUUUGUGUAAUUUUAGAUGUUUGUUUGUUUGGAUUUGCAUCAGCUGAAAGUCAUACGAAAGACUUUCUAUAUUAUUGAUGCUCCUAUGGUUGUCUUGUAUGUGUGGAGUGAAGAUGAAGCAUGUGCUUCGUCUAUUUAUGUUACGAAUAAAUUUUAUAUAAUCUGUUUCUCUUUCUACUUUUACAUGCAACAUUUCUACUUG